AUGACCACGUCGCCAGUCGUCAGUCGUCAGUCGUCAGUCGCCAGUCGCCAGUCGCCACCAACAUCGCCGAGCAGCAAACGGAGCAUAGACAGUAGCGGUGGUACUGGCAGCACUACCGGCGGCGAGGCUGCCAGCGGCGGCCCAUCGGCGGCGGCAGGAGGCCUCGUGGCUGCGGCGGCAGGCCUGGAGAUAGCGGUAAACGGGCCAACAUCAGCCUUCGCGGCCGCAGCGUCAGGCGCGGCGGCGGCGGCGGCGGGAUUGGCGGUCCUGCGGGAUCUCGGGCCAGCAGGCAACGCUGGGCCUGUGGUGGCUGCGGUGGCGGUGGCGGUGGCGGCCGGUGCCGACGCUGGUGCUGGUGCUGGUACGGGCAUGUUGGCGAUGGCGAUGGAGCUCGGGACAGCGGCGGGGCUGCGGCGCGCUGCCUCCAAUCCGCGUUCGCAGUGGCGCCGCGGCGGCAUCAACGUGGCGUCAACGUCAUCAUUGAGGGCGCAAACGGCGUCCAGAAAUGUCCAAUGGAAGCCACAUCCAUAA